AUGGUUGAUGAUGUUGAGAUUGAUUAUUAUGACAGCAACACGGAGAAAAAAGUGCCCAAACAGGACUGGAUUGCCAAGAACACAGAUCAGCAGUACUGGGAGAGAGGGACUGAAGUAAGAAAGGUUCACCAGCAGGUGUUCAAAGCCAACAUUGACACUGCAAAGCAGCGCUUCAACCAAACUGGAGGUGUUCACAUUUACCAGACGAUGUACGGCUGUGAAUGGGAUGAUGAAACAGGUGAAGUGAAUGGAUAUCGCCAUUACGGCUAUGAUGGAGAGGACUUUUUAAGCUUUGACCUGAGGACAGAGACAUGGGUCGCUCCAAAAGAACAGGCUGUCAUCACCAAAAACAAGUGGGAUCAUAACUGGGCUCUGACUGCUCAGGAAAAGAACUACCUCAAGCAGGAGUGUCCUGAGUGGCUGAAGAAGUAUGUGAACUAUGGGAGGAGCUCUCUGAUGAGGACAGAUGUAUUCCAGCUGGCUAAAGCUAUUCAAGACAGCAUAGCAGUAAGCAGAAUUCCAGUGCCAGUGCCCAUCGUGUUCAGCGGAGAUCCCAUCACCUACAUCGAAUGGAAGGCUUCCUUCAUCUCACUGGUGGGCCACAAAGUUUUCAGCAGCAGUCGCGGGAAUUUGAAAUGUCAUGGUGUAACGGAGUCUAUGGAGAUUUCUUUUGUUAUUAGCAGCCCCUUGAUAGAGGCACAAGAUGUUCCCUCAGUGUCUCUCCUCCAGAAGUCUUCCUCCUCUCUGGUCACCUGCCACGCUACAGAUUUCUAUCCUAACAGAGCCGAGAUGGUCUGGAAAAAAGAUGGAGUGGAGUUUCAUGAGGGUGUGAACAAAGGAGAGAUUCUCACCAACAAUGACGGGACCUUCCAGAUGAGUGUUGACCUGGAUGUCUCAUCAGUCAAACCUGAAGACUGGCACAGAUACAGAUGUGUGUUUCAGCUCUCUGGUGUGAACGAGGGCAUCGUCACCAAACUGGACAAAGCAGUGAUCAAGACCAACAAGGGUAAAAGUGAUGAAGGAAAUUCCUUCUCCCUGAUCAUCCCUGUUGUUGUUGCUGUGGUUGUUCUUGCUGCCAUCGCUGUGAUCGCAUUCAUUAUUUACAAAAAGAGGACAGAGAGACCUCCCCCAUCUCCUGUAGAGAACUGUGAAGUCCAGGAGCAAAUGCUUCCUCGAGCCUAAACCACAAACAGCUCUGCACACAACAACCUGACAGAAGACGUGUCAGCUCGUUCUUCUCCAUAAACUGGAAUUCAUUGAAUUCGUUGAUUGUUCACAUCAUAAAAUCUGUUAAAAAAGAUCUAAAAUCUAAAAUAUAGUUGCAGAUGCUUAUUAGUCAAGAUUUAAUGGAAAGGAGUUUGAAAAUGAGUUGCCAAACAUUACAUCAUUAACAUAUACAUCAUAAUGGUGAAAUUAAAUUAUUCUGAAUAUA